ACCCGGGCUCAUCACCUGGGUACCGCAAAAGGAGAAAGAGGAUAAACAAACGUUGGGCAAAUUCGCGGGGAAGAGAGUGGAAAGCUGCAGUUACCUCUCCCAUGCUAGUCCACAGCACAUCGACUGUCGCUAUGCAACCAGAGCUGGAUGAUGUAGAAGGCCUGCUGUUUGUGUCAUUUACCUCAAAGCAAGCUCUUGAGGUUCACUUCAGGGACAAGCCAGCCAAAAGCAUACCAUCAGCAUCUCCAGUUUCCCUAACACCAGUGCAGUUUAAGGAAAGAGUGGAGGUGAUUCCAGAGACUGAUGAGGAGAAGAUAGCCCGCUUGGAGGCUAUCCUGCUGCAGGACCUCAGGGUUUUCAAACACAGUCAGGUCAUCCAUCCUGUGCUGCAGGAGGUGGGCUUGAAGUUGAGCUCCCUAGACCAAAAAAAGUCCAUCGACCUGCAGUAUCUGGGGGUUCAUCUGCCACUACCUCCGCCAAACCUACCAGAACAAGGCAAUGCCAUGGCUCUGUCUCCUGUUGAUGAGGGAAUAUCUUUCAUCUCCCGAACAGGAAAGACAAGGGACAUGACAAAAAUAAAGGGAUGGAAAAACAAGUUCAUAAGAAGCAAAGAAACAACUUCUUCUAACUGUGAUGGAUCACAAAAGAACCUAUCUGCCUUCUGCAGCAACAUGUUGGAUGAGUACUUGGAAAACGAAGCCCAGUAUAUCAGUGAGCGUGCCGCUGCCUUCUCCACAAACUCUGAGGGCUCGGUGGCCUAUCAGCUGCCUGUUAAAAGCUCCAGCUAUGUAAAGACCCUGGACAGCGUACUUAAGCAUCGAAAAGCUACUUCCAAAUUCCCUGUGGGGGCCAACAGACCCUGUCCCCUUUCCCACAAACCCCGCCUCUACUCUGCCCCCCUGGCAUCACCGAUUCCCUCUGUGGCUGCGACCCCUGUUCAAGCAGAAGCUCAGUUACAGCAGUUUGCAUCUGCACAGCCAGGAGCACAGGGAUUAUCUACAUACCAGCCAGGGACCAGCCAGAGACCAGCGGGGAGUGCUGGGCAGAGCCAAGGGAUGACACACAGACCUUCAGGCCUCACUAAGUUGCAGCUCAAACUGUUGCAGAUGGAGUUUGAAGCCGUGAGCCAGGGUCUGGGCAGAACACAGCUGACCUCAGACAGGCUGUCUGUGGCUCUGUCUGUGAUUCUGACAAAACAGAUGCUCCCCAGUCAGGUGUUGAAAGUGGCCCAGUAUCCAAAGUGUAAAACCAUGGUACCUGAAUGUGGUCAGGAGUUCUGCACACUGGGCUGUGUGUGUUCCAGUCUCCAGCAUCUGAACAGAGGUCCCCUACACUGCCGGCGACCUGAAUGCAUGUUUGGCUGUGCCUGCUUCAAACGCAAGAUAGUCAAGCAGACGAGUGCGGGAAAGAGCGAACAACCGAUCCAGCCUGUUUACUCAAUGACUAAUAUGGAACAUGUGGUCCAGCUUCGCCCGGGUUCCCAUUCUAACAAACUGUGGAACCACAGCAUUAAUGAUGUGGAUCCAGAGGCUCUCUUGACCCCCAAAAGGGCUCCACUGUAUGUGCCCCCUAUAAAGGUCGCAGCAGCAAAACGCAGCGGUGUGCCUCGUCCAACGCAACCGAUACGAGAAGAGGAUAAGGAUCCAGUGUAUAAAUACUUGGAGAGCAUGAUGACAUGUGCACGUGUAAGAGAAUUCAACAGCAAGCCUCCCCCUGAAGUCAGCAUUGAGCUUCAUACUUCUACACCAAACACCACAGCAAAACCACAGAAGACAGCCACUGAUAACCUGCUGGAAAAGUACCACAGAUCUCUGACUACUGUUAAAAAAACAGCAGAAAAGGCUUCUCAGGGGACCACCAAUGAUGAAAAAGACGCAAAAAAGCAAAUUGAGAUCCAGUCAGCAUGUCAGUGGGCCAAGGACCGCGAAAUGGUCUUGGAAGCUUUAUGUCGGCGAAUGAAUCAGAAUAGGCUGUCUCGGCGCUUCUGGGUAGGACCUUACUGCAUCCGACCGGUCGCCAGGAUCUUCAUGCGGAAGCCCAGUGGCUCAAUCGUCACCUACAGGGUACACAUCAGUAAACCGCCAAAAGCCAGUGAUAAUGAUGAAGAGGACUAUGAUGACAGCGAUGAGGAAAAGCAAGUACAUAAAAGCUUUGACGAGGACAUUGAUGCAGAAGAGGACUUUGGAAAAAAUGAGUAUUCCGAUAUCCGGGUUGGAGUAACACCCUUUUUGACUGGAGUAUUACCUGCCGGCAGACUAAGAGCCAGGACCAAACCUGUUGGCUGCCAAGCAUAUGGACUUAUACAGGUAAAUGGCAAAGCCUACAAUCAGGCCAGACUGUUGCUGGGGAACAUGGGAUCUCUACAUCCAGCCAACCGCCUUGCAGCAUUUGUCACAGGCCGACUGCGUCCUCCUGGCGGAAUUUCUCUUAAAAACAUUCAGAAAUCCGACUCAACAAACAAAAUCACCACUCCUGGUACUGUUCACAUAAAGCCUGCUGGCACAGUUGUUCCGCCAGUUAUAUUUGCAAGGAAAACCAAUGAACUGAAGACACCAACACAACCACCAGCUCCACUAAUUCAGCCAGACUCUUGGAGAAAGGGAUCCAUCAACUUACCGCAGCAUUCACAAAACUCCUCCACCAUCAAGCCUUUUGUAACGGGCCCUCGCAGCUCGGUCAGCCCCUUCCAGAACAGCUCCACAUCCUCGCCCGUCUCUCUCACAGUCUCACCAUCACUGAAAACCCCCAGCUUCUUAGGACAGAGUGGGACCUAUUCAUUCAGGAUCUGCCCUCCAGCUAACCAGGGCACCAGAGGCCAGAACCUGCAAGGAGUUACCCUACCUGGGGGCUUCACCCUCAUUCAACUCCCUAAGCCUGGAGCUGAUGGAGCUUCAUCAGAAUUUGUGAACACUACAAACAUGGCGGGUGUGGAUAAAGCCCGGCCACAAAAAGAUGCUUUGUUAAAUUUUGGCCACUUAGCAGCUGAUGCAGACGCAAAUUGUCUUCGUUUGGAUUCCUUGACUGGAGCUAAGGAACUGUCAAGCAGCAAGUCAGUGGAGCCUGGAAUUUCCCCUCAGCUGAAGUGUGAUCAGAAGAUGCCCACAGGCGAGAGUGAUGAAACCAACAACAGGAAUGUGGAGUCAAACCUGGAUAUCGCUUCAGAGGACUUAAGCUCCGACUCCUCAGACUACUGUGGAGAGGGUGACGAAGAUGAUGAGGUAGUGGACAUUGAGACUGUCGAAGAAGUAAGACAAGGAAUGGCCAUUGCUAAAUUGAAAGAAGCUAUCAGCAGGGCACAGAAGGACUCACGAUAUUCCAGUGAUGGUUUUGCAUCAUGCAGGGAACUCAAUGUCCAGGAUCAAAUGGACAAUGAACACGAUUGUAAGGAUAAUAGGAGGCGAAAUAACCACACAAAGCUAGAAAGGCAAAGGCGCUCUGAACAGCGCGUCCUCUUCGACAGACUCCAGGUUGUCCUUCGGAGUGACCCUAGGGCCCCCAGGCUCCGCCUCCUUUCACUGGCCCAAAAAGAAAUCAAAAAUCUGGUUGAAACCUCCAGACAUCUGGAGGAGAAGAAAAGGAGGCUGUUUCGGAUGCAGUCUAUCUAUGUGAAGGAGCUUUCCCUUUUGUCUGGGAAGUCAGACAAGCUGAUUAAACACAAGCUGACGGAGAUCUGCGAGAGGCAGAAAAUAAGAGAAAAGAAGCGGGAAUGGAGUCCUUUCUUUUCCAAUCUACUCCAGUCCAGAGCAGCUCUUCUGCAAGCCACUACCUCCCAGUCCAAGGUCCAGUCCACACCCCUGCUACAGCCGGACUUCUGCACGGCUCCGUCUCAGGCUAACCCGCCCAUAAAAGCCCUAAAUACGAUGAUGUCUCUGCUUCGGUCUAACCUACAAAGGCCUCCAGCCCAAUCCACGGCUCAGACACCCAUGCCUCAAUCAGUGUGCUCUCUAACCCAGGCGAAGGCCCCUGCCCCCCCACAACCAGACGGUCAACAUCAGAUAAAGUUUGAGGUCCAACAAGAGACCCCUGGUGCCUCAGCCCAGGUCAGUAUGCCCACUUCCCACACGGAGUGCUCAGUCGCAGCUACACAUCCGGUCACUGCAGCCCAGGGUGGAGCCUCGCAUGCACCCUCAACACCCACUUCCAGCAAACCCCCUGUACAGCAUCCAAAGCCGUUCCCUCUUCCUCUGAUUCGCUCCAAGACCGGCAGAAUCAUACUUCCCUCAUCUCUGAAACCACUUGGUCAAGGCUUCUAUACACUUGUGGUCAUGGAGCCCAAGCAGAAAGGAGAGGAGGGUGAAGAUGGUUCUUUAGCUAAUAUGAAAGCUUCUGAUGUGAACUCAUCUCAGAACCAAGACAAGAGCUUUUCCGAAUAUGACCACUUGUCGGAUUCAGAAAGCAGUCGUAUUUUGGAGGAGGACAAAAUGGUACAAUCCCCAAACUCUAAACCUAAGUGUUCAGGUGUAAAAGCCCCCCUGGCUGAGCUUGCCCUCAUUAACAAAUCAAUCUUUGUGCCCUCGGCGGCUCGGCAAGCUGCGGAGAACAGCCCGGAGGAGGGCACAGCGGUGGGUUUGAACAAAACAAUGGCAACGGCCUGCUUGAGUUUUACGUGUGUGAAACGGGCUCCUACGUCUGUUGAGCCUGAUCCCAGCCCUUCUGUAGUCCGACGUCGCAGAGGCAGGCCUCGCAAGCACCCCGUUACCCCUGUUAGUGCAAAUGAAAGACCUGCUGUGGCUGAAGACGCCAGUAAAAGUGUCUGUGAAAGUGAAGCAUCUGUUCCGGUUAAAGAGAGACAAAUUGAAAACAUUACUUCAGAGGUGACCAAGACACAAGCGGAGAACUCCCCAGGAAUGGCUAGUGAUAACCCUGUGUCAGUCAAACGAGGCAGAGGAAGGCCGCCGAAGAAGAAGUCUGCAGAGCUAUGGAGUUCUCCAGUUGUGCGAGCAGGAAGAAGUCCAUCUAAAUCCAACGAGGACAGCCCCGUCCGAUUUUCUCAAAGCCCUCGUACUAAAUCCACGGGAAGUCCUGCAACAACUACCUUGUUCAGAGACGUCAACACGUCUCGGCCAUUAACCCGAGGUGCUUUAGGAAAGGACUUCCCCAGUGCCAAGAAACGCUCCUGGAUAGAUGUAGAGAAGGACCUGGAACCAGAGCUUGAAUCUGAAUCUGAAUCUGAAUCUGAAUAGUCCUCAUAUCUUCCUGUAGCUGCUAAAAAUAAUGCACAUAAUCAUUUGUCCUCAGUUAGGCUCUUUUCUGUAUAUGUUUGCUCAAACCUCAGUGGACUUUUUUCAUACUGAAGAGAGAAGCUGUUUUUGGUAUAAAGAAUAUAAGAGAAAGCAUUAAUUGACCUGCUGAAUGUAUGAAUGAAAUGAAUGGUAACUCCCACGUUCAGUUUUGAUGUUUUUUUUAGAUGAAUUACUUCCCGUUAGAAACAGGAUAUUGAGAUUGAUUCAAAUCAUGUUUUUUGUUGAAGUAAUUCAUCAUUGAUCUCUUAUGCAAACUCAACAGAUUACUUAAUUUCAAUGUGUUAAGCGUUAACCCUUUGAAAUACUUGUUUUCCAUUAUUAACUCAGUGAAAAUCAACUGUAGUAGCACUUUUGGUAGAAACCACCCAAGAAGUUUGAUGUCUUUGAUGUAGUCUGUGUUUUGGGGAAUUAGCUCAGUGAUAUACAUAUAAACGUGUCGCAAGCAAUCAAGAUAAAAAGCUAUUAGCCAUAUAUUGUAUCUAUGAAAAUAACCUCUGUAAAUAUUGUAUUUCUUUUUAAAUCACAAUGCAUUUACUUUGGGGAUGAUUUUGAAACACUGGUUGUACUAUUACUUCAGAAAAUGUGGAAAAAGGUGGCCUUUAAAAUCAAUAAAACAAUUUAAAAAACGUUUUA